UACACGUCAGCCCAUUGCAUCUCACAGCAGUGGCCUAUCUUGCUCCGCUAUAGGAUCUUUGUUUGAUAAUAUCCAAAAAUCAUAGAAGGCUCUAGUAUCCAAAGAUUAAGCUCCGCUUUAUAAUUUUUGCUGGUGACUGGCCCAGUGAGGCUGAGAGACAGAGGGGGAGGGAGGGAGGAGCGGCCCCUGUGAAGGUGAGCGGGGUGAGGCCGUGGGUCGGUGUCGGUGUUCAAGAAGGAACUGCAGAUGCUGGAAAAUCGAAGGAUCGUAAACUAUCAGCAUGUCGGCAUCACCCGAUCCCACUGAUUCAAGGACGCAGCCUCCAAAGGAUACUGGUUACAAAAGUCCAGGACUGAGGGGAAUCCGAACCACCAGCCUUUUCCGAGCUAUAAAUCCAGAGCUCUUCAUUAAACCUAAUAAACCUGUGAUGGCUUUCGGACUGCUGACCAUCACACUUUGUGUGAGUUACAUUGCUUAUUUGCAUGCCACAACAGAAAACAAAGAAUUGUAUGAAGCCAUUGAUAGUGAAGGAAGAAGAUGCACAAGGCACAAGACAUCAAAGUGGGAAUGAAAUAUAAGGGAAAUCAGUACGUAACACUGCAGCCAAAGAACUGCUUAAGUAUUUAUUCCAACUUUUGAAAGCGUUGCAUCGUUAAAAUAACACUGAAAAUGUUUGCAUCAUGGUCAAGAAACUUCAAUAUCAUCAUCUAUAUCGCUAGUUUCCCUUUCCCAUGACAAGUCUGCAGAAGGGUCUUGUCACGAAACGUCACCCAUUCCUUCUCUCCAGAGAUGCUGCCUGGGUUGCUCCAGCUUUUUGUGUCUAUCUACAAUAUCAUGACUUGCUUUCAUAGUUACCUCUUGGGUGCUUGGACUGUGAAUAAUUUGCUUUAUCUGCAUUCCCUUUUCCAACUAUUUUAAGUUAUAAUAGCUUGUUUAACUUAUGCAGCAUCAUCUCAGAGACGGAGUGCAGCUGCAACAUGCUACGAUAGCUGAAUAUUACGUAAAAUAUAACUAAACAUGGUCUAAGGGUCCCAACCCGUAACGUCACCUAUCUGUGUUCACCAGAGAUGCUGUUUGAAGAAGAGUCUCAGCCCGAAACAUCACCCGUUCCUUCUCUCCAGAGAUGCUGCCUGCCCUGCUAUGUUACAACAUUUGGUGCCGAUCAGCAGAGAUACUGCCUGACCCACUGAGUUACUUUUAUGCCGUUUUGUGUAAACCAGUGUCUGCAGUUCCUUGUUUCUUAAAUUGUACAAGCUGCUUCCUGCUCAGCGCGUCUGUUGGUGUUUCACCAUUGUGUCUCCCACUCGCAUGCCAAUCUUUUCUCCCUCAAAGCUCCCGCAAUCAGGCUAACAUUUUGUGUAGGAAUGAACUUGAUGCGAAGUUCGAAGGUGGA